AUGGAGCCAGCUUCCCUCACGGCCGGUCUCCAACAGGCGGGAUACGCCACUCCGGCAGCUGUCGCCGUUAUUUCACUGGUUUCCUCCGUCUAUUUCAUGAAAAAGUUGGUGGUCAAUAAAGAGAAGGCUAACUGCGAUCUCCGGCUAGUCCCAGCGGUGCCUGGGCUGCCGGUGAUCGGCAACUUGUUACAGCUAAAGGAGAAGAAACCGCACAAAACUUUCGCCAAUUGGGUAGAGACUUACGGCCCAAUGUACUCCAUCAAAACGGGUUCUUCCUCCGUCAUCGUUGUGAAUACCACUGAUCUCGCGAAAGAGGCGAUGGUGACCAAGUUCUCAACCAUGACUACAAGGAAGUUGCCCAAAUCUCUUUCCGUAUUAAGUAUGGACAAAACCAUGGUCGCUCUGGCUGAUUAUGAUGACUACCACAAGAUGGUGAAACGCCACCUUCUCACUAAUAUGUUGAGCCCAAGCGCCCAGAAACGACAUAUCUCCAACAGAGAUGUAAUGGUGGACAACUUAUCUGCCCAAUUGUUGGUUCACACCAAAUUGCAUCCUGAACAAGCGUUGAAUUUCAGGAAGACAUUUGAGUCUGAACUCUUCGGUCUGUCUAUGAAACAAGGAAUUGGGAAAGAUGUGGAGUGCAUAUAUGUUGAGGAGCUAGGCACUACUUUCUCCAAGGAAGAAAUCUUUAGAAUUCUGGUGUUGGAUCCAAUGGAAGGUGCCAUAGAUGUCGACUGGAGAGAUUUCUUCCCGUACCUCAGCUGGAUCCCCAACCAUGGCUACGAGGACAAGGUCGAGCAUACGCAUUACCGGAAGCAGGCAGUGAUGAAUGCACUGAUUAAGGAGCAGAAGCAACGAAUUGCGUCUGGCAAAGUGAUCGAUUGUUACCUUGAUUACCUGCUAUCGGAAGCCAAGAACUUGACAGAUCUCCAGAUGUUAGUGUUGAUUUGGGAGACCAUCGUUGAGACCUCCGAUACGACGUUAGUGACUUCGGAGUGGGCUAUGUAUGAACUUGCCAAGAAUCCCGAUCUUCAGGAAAGACUUUUUCGGGAAAUCCAGACCGUCUGUGGAUCCGAGAAACUCACAGAGCAACACUUGUCCAAAAUUCCAUAUCUGAGUGCCGUUUUCCAUGAGACACUUAGAAGGCAUAGUGCUAUAGCUAUCAACCUAUACGGAUGCAACAUGGACAGCAAGAAAUGGGAGAGACCCGAAGAGUGGUCGCCGGAAAGGUUUCUUAACGGCAAAUCGGACCCCAUGGAGUUGCACAAAACAAUGGCAUUUGGGAUCGGGAAGAGGGCUUGUGCGGGAGCCCUCCAAGCAAUGCUAAUUGCUUGCACGUCGAUUGGGAGGAUGGUGCAGCAAUUUGAGUGGAGGCUAAAGGAAGGCGAGGAAGACAAAGUGGACACCAUGUCGCUCACAAGCAAGAAACUUGAACCGUUGCAAGUGUUCAUCAAGGCAAGGAGUUGGAGAAAAUGA